ACGCUAACGAGCUUGGGAAGGAGGUCCAGCUUCCUACUCGUACCUACACUUCUUGCGAAUUCACUGAUCGUCACUUCAUUCCACUUCGGCUUCGCUAUCGCCGGCAUUGUGCCUAUAUAUGUAUGCACCUGCUGCUCUCAUCUUCACUCAAAGGUCAUCUACAACCUACCAUGGCUACUGAUGACCGCACACCUCUCCUCGGAGCUUCUUCGACAGCUCAACCAGCUCGACUGCCUCAACAACAAAGGUCCCCGGCUGCUGUUCGGCGUCGAUUCGCUUAUAUAGCUACAGCCUCAUUGGCUAUUGCCUUUGUCGUCUUCGUUCUGAUUCCAGCGGCCUUUAUCCCCCACCUUCUCGACGACCUCGUGCCCUCCCGUGGCAAGUUUCAAUACGCCGACCUCGAAAAUCUCCUUCUGAACAGUCCCAGCACGGAGAAGCUGUCAGAAUGGAGCAAAUACUACACCUCGGGUCCUCAUCUGGCUGGGACCAAUCUCAGCCAGGCUGUUUGGACACAGGAGAAGUGGAAGGAGUUUGGCAUUGAAGACUCAAGUGUUGUUCCUUAUGAGGUUUACCUGAACUACCCUCUCGGACAUAGACUUGCACUUCUGCAGAAACCCAGCAAGGGACAUUCGAAAGAUGACGACGCAACAUGGAAGGUCAAGUUCGAGGCUUCAUUGGAGGAGGAUGUGCUGGAAGAAGACCCAACGACUGGCGCUUCCAAUAGGAUCCCAACAUUCCACGGCUAUUCCGCCAACGGCAACGUCACUGCGCGAUAUGUAUAUGUCAACUACGGCACAUACCAUGACUUCGAGGACCUGAUCAAGGCCAACGUCAUCCUGAAAGGCAACAUUGCCAUCGCAAGAUACGGCCAUGUCUUCAGAGGCCUGAAGAUUAAGCGUGCUCAAGAGCUGGGCAUGGUCGGCGCAGUUCUUUUUACGGAUCCUGGUGAUGAUGGGGGCCCACUGCAUGAUAUGUCUGAAAAUUACCCAAAUGGACCUGGCCGCAACCCAUCCAGUGUCCAGCGUGGAAGCGCUCAGUUCCUGUCCAUGGGACCCGGCGACCCUACCACGCCUGGCUACCCUUCGAAGCCUGGAGUACCUCGAUCUCCAAUAGACGACAAUAUUCCACAGAUUCCCUCUAUUCCCAUAUCGUAUACGGACGCGAUUCCAAUUCUCAAGGCGCUCAAUGGUCAUGGCCCAAUACCGAAGGACUUGAACAAGUACUGGGAUGUCAACCUCGGUCUCGUGACGCGUGGUGUUCACUAUAAUGCUGGCCCAUCCCCAGAAGGUCUUGUUUUGAAGCUAGUAAACGAGCAGGAUUACAAGAUCACACCUAUCUGGAACGUCAUCGGUAUAAUCAACGGGACUCUUUCCGAUGAAGUCGUUGUUGUUGGAAACCACCGCGAUGCGUGGAUCGUCGGAGGUGCUGGUGACCCUAACUCUGGCUCCGCAGCUAUGAUGGAGGUCAUCCGCGGCUUUGGGCAAGCGCUCUCCAAGGGCUGGAAACCGCUCCGUACUAUUGUCUUCGCAAGCUGGGAUGGUGAGGAGUAUGGCCUGGUCGGCAGUACGGAGUGGGUUGAAGAGUACAUUCCUUGGCUGAGCGAAGCCAAUGUUGCCUAUAUCAACAUUGACGUUGGCUGCAGCGGGCCAGAAUUCACUGCGGCCGCUUCGCCUCUGCUAAACAACCUCAUUCACGAGGUGACCGGCAAGGUUCAAUCGCCGAACCAGACUGUGGAGGGACAAACCGUCCGUGACGUAUGGGGCGGUCACAUCAAGACCAUGGGCAGCGGCUCCGAUUUCACCGCCUUCCAAGACUUCGCCGGUAUCUCUUCCAUCGACAUCGGCUUCACCGCAAGCCACGAAAGCGCAGUCUACCAGUACCACUCCAACUACGACAGCUACCACUGGAUGGAAACCUACGGCGACCCAGGCUGGCACUAUCACACCACCAUCUCCAAAGUCCUCGGCCUCUUCGUCGCCAAGCUCGUCGACGCCCCCCUAGUCCCCUUCCGCACCACCGACUACGGCAAAGCACUCAUCUCAUACGUCCAGCAGAUCGACGACCUCCUCGACGACGGCCCCGCACGAUCCUCUACGAUCCGCUUCCGACCAACCCCAGAAACCUCAACCGACUCCGCCUCCCGCCGCAGGUACCUCCGCCGCCGCCUCGAGAAAAUGCAAGGUUCAGCCCACCGCUUCCUCAAGGUAGCGCGCGUCUUUGACGAGCACGUCGACACGCUGCGCAAGCGCGCCAAGCACGGCUACGGAUGGCUGAGAUGGUGCGCCCGCCUGAAACUGUAUUUGGGUGUCCGCAAGGCGAAUUUCGCGAUGAAGCUCCUCGAUCGGAAGUUCUUGCAUGCGCCGGGCCUGACGGGGAGGAGCUGGUUUAAGCAUGUGAUUUUUGCGCCGGGGUUGUGGACUGGGUAUGCUGGUGCGGUAUUUCCUAGUUUGGCGGAGGCGAUCGAUAAUGAGGAUGAGAUGGGGGCGAUUAUGUGGAUUCGUAUUAUUGACGAUAGGAUCAUUCAGGCGACGAGGGGUUUGGAAUUAUAGUGAGGAUACUUGGAAUAGAUCAUCAUGGUAUUUUGGGAAAGGUCCUGGGAUACAUUGGGGGUAUAGUAAACAGGAUAGUUGAGCAUAGUUGAAUAUUGACUCUCUAAAUGAUAGCUGCAGUUAUUUAUGAACUUAGCGGGUAUAUAAAAC